UAAUGAAGAAAUGGUGCAAAUAGAUUUACCAGUGAGGAGGCACAGAGAGUAUGAGCUAGUGACUCCCAUCAGCACCAAUGUAGAAGGACACUAUCUCUCUCAUAUGCUGUCUGCAAGUCACAAAAAGAGGUCAGCGAGGGAUGUGUCUUCCAACCCUGAGCAACUGUUCUUUAACAUCACUGCCUUUGGAAGAGGUUUUCAUUUGCGCCUAAAGCCCAACACUCAACUAGUAGCUCCUGGGGCUGUUGUGGAAUGGGGUGAGUCCUCUCCAGUGCCUGGGGAUGUGACCAACCCUGUGAAUGACCACGGGCCCGGAAGUACUUCGGAAGGAGUCUGGAGAACAGAGCCUCUGCAGAGCACCUGUGCUUAUGUCGGUGACAUUGUGGACAUUCCAGGAACCUCUGUUGCCAUUAGCAACUGUGAUGGUCUGGCUGGAAUGAUAAAAAGUGAUACUGAAGAGUAUUUUAUUGAACCCUUGGAAAGAGGUAAGCAGAUGGAGGAAGAAAGAGGAAGGAUUCACAUUGUCUACAAGAGAUCAGCCGUAGAGCAAGCACCAAUGGACAUGUCCAGAGAUGUCCACUUCCACGAGCCUGACCUAGGAGGCCUGAACCUAGAUGCAGUUUACAGCAACAUCGACCAGCAGCUGAAUGAAACGAUGAGGCGCCGCAGACAUGCAGGAGAAGAUGAUUACAACAUUGAGGUGCUGCUGGGAGUGGAUGACUCUGUGGUCCGCUUCCAUGGCAAAGAGCACGUCCAGAACUACCUCCUCACCCUGAUGAACAUCGUGAAUGAAAUUUACCAUGAUGAGUCCCUUGGAGUGCAUAUAAAUGUGGUCCUGGUCCGCAUGAUAAUGCUGGGUUAUGCAAAGUCCAUCAGCCUCAUAGAAAGGGGAAACCCAUCCAGGAGCUUAGAGAAUGUGUGUCGCUGGGCUUGCCAACAACAGAAAUCUGAUCCUGACCAUUCUGAGCACCAUGAUCAUGCAAUUUUCUUAACCAGACAAGACUUUGGACCUGCUGGAAUGCAAGGAUACGCUCCAGUCACGGGCAUGUGUCAUCCAGUGAGAAGCUGCACCCUGAAUCACGAGGAUGGUUUUUCAUCUGCCUUUGUAGUAGCCCAUGAAACUGGCCAUGUGCUGGGCAUGGAGCACGACGGGCAGGGCAACCGGUGUGGUGACGAGACUGCAAUGGGCAGCGUCAUGGCGCCCUUGGUGCAGGCUGCCUUCCACCGCUACCACUGGUCCCGCUGCAGUGGCCAGGAGCUGAGGAGAUACAUCCAUUCCUACGACUGUCUGCUUGAUGACCCUUUUGAACAUGAUUGGCCUAAACUCCCAGAACUUCCUGGAAUAAAUUAUUCUAUGGAUGAGCAAUGUCGUUUUGAUUUUGGUGUUGGUUACAAAAUGUGCACUGCGUUCCGCACCUUUGACCCAUGCAAACAGCUAUGGUGCAGUCACCCUGACAACCCCUACUUCUGCAAGACUAAGAAGGGGCCCCCGCUCGAUGGCACCGAAUGUGCUGCUGGGAAGUGGUGCUACAAAGGACACUGCAUGUGGAAGAACACCAACCAGCAGAAGCAGGAUGGCAACUGGGGCUCCUGGACCAAGUUCGGCUCCUGCUCCCGGACGUGUGGAACGGGGGUCCGCUUCAGGACGCGCCAGUGCGACAGCCCCACGCCCAUCAAUGGCGGUCAGGACUGUGCAGGAGUCAACUUUGAGUACCAGCUGUGUAAUACGGAAGAGUGCCAGAAACACUUCGGGGACUUCAGAGCACAGCAGUGCCAGCAGCGGAACUCUCACUUUGAGUUCCAGGGCGCCAAGCAUCACUGGCUGCCGCAUGAGCACUCUGACCCCAAGAAAAGGUGCCACCUGUACUGCCAGUCCCGGGAGACAGGGCACACGGCCUACAUGAAGCAGCUGGUGCACGAUGGCACGCGCUGCUCCUACAAGGACCCCUACAGCAUCUGUGUGCGCGGCGAGUGUGUGAAAGUGGGCUGUGACAGAGAAAUUGGUUCCCAUAAGGUCGAGGACAAAUGUGGCGUCUGUGGAGGUGACAACUCUCACUGUCGAACUGUGAAGGGGACGUUUACCAGGACUCCCAGGAAGCUCGGGUACCUUAAGAUGUUUGAUAUCCCCCCUGGGGCUAGACAUGUGUUAAUCCAAGAAGACGAGGCCUCUCCACAUGUUCUCGCAAUCAAGAACCAGGCUACGGGCCACUACAUUUUGAAUGGCAAAGGGGAGGAAGCCAAGUCACGGACCUUCAUAGACCUUGGCGUGGAGUGGGAUUAUAGCAUUGAAGAUGACGCUGAAACCCUUCACACUGACGGGCCUUUGCACGCCCCUGUUAUCGUUCUGAUUAUACCUCAGGAGAACGACACCCGCUGCAGCCUGACAUACAAGUACAUCAUCCACGAGGACUCUGUGCCCACCAUCAGCAGCAACAACGUCAUCCAGGACGAGCUGGAUACGUUUGAGUGGGCGCUGAAGAGCUGGUCGCAGUGCUCCAAGCCCUGUGGUGGAGGUUUCCAGUACACUAAAUAUGGAUGCCGUAGGAAAAGUGAUAAUAAAAUGGUUCAUCGUAGCUUCUGUGAGGCCAAUAAGAAGCCGAAACCUAUUAGACGAAUGUGCAAUAUUCAAGAAUGUACACAUCCGCUCUGGGUGGCAGAAGACUGGGAGCACUGCACCAAGACCUGUGGCACUUCUGGCUACCAGCUCCGCACUGUGCGCUGCCUUCAGCCACUCCAGGAUGGCACCAACCGCUCAGUGAACAGCAAGUACUGCAUGGGCGAACGUCCUGAGAGCCGCCGGCCCUGCAACAGGGCUCCCUGUCCAGCGCAGUGGAAAGCAGGGCCCUGGAAUGAGUGUUCUGUGACAUGUGGCGAAGGCACUGAGAUGAGGCAAGUCCUCUGCAGGGCUGGAGACCACUGUGAUGGAGAAAAGCCUACGUCCAUGAGAGCUUGUCAACUACCACCCUGCAAUGAUGAGCCAUGUUUGGGUGACAAGUCCAUAUUCUGUCAGAUGGAGGUGCUGGCCCGUUACUGCUCCAUACCGGGUUACAACAAGUUAUGCUGUGAGUCAUGCAGCAAGCACAGCACCCUGCCCCCACCGUACCUUCUAGAAACUGCUGAGGCUCAUGGCGAUGCCAUUUUUAGCCCCACUGACCUCCCUAGUGCUCUAGUGAUGCCCACACCUUUGGGUUCUUACUAUGCAGAGAUGCCUGCUGAGAAGAAACGUGUGGGUAGCGUUUCUUCAGUGGGAAGCCCAAAUGCACAUCCUGCUUUCAGGCCAAACCACAAGUCUGAUGGUGCUAACUUACCCCAGAGCCGGGCUCGGCAGGCCGGAAGUCAGACACUAAGCCUGCUCUCUGUGCCGUCUUCCUCACCCACCAAGAGCGGCCACCUCCACUCAGACUCAGAGGUAGUUGCUGCUCCCUUCCUUGAAGUCAGUGAUUCGAUAGGUGCUUCUCAGACAAGAACCUCAAAGAAAGAUGGAAAGAUUAUUCAUAAGAGACGUCCAGUUAGCUCACCCACCUUAGAAAGAUGAGAAAACGAAUCCAGAAGAUGCGGAAUCAGAAAGACAACUGGACAUCCUCCCCUUCAGAUGGUGCUGCAUUCACCUUGGUUAAAGUGGAAAGUGUUAGAGACCGUUGACUCCCUUUAGCUAUCAGUGGAAGAAAAAAAAGGUGUGGGUUUUCUUUCUCAUUGCUUUUGUCCUCCUUCUCUGCCACAUGGACUCCUCUGCCAGAAUUCAUUGGAAGAAAGCACCAAAGAUUACUAACAGAAGGAAAGUAAGUUGCUGCAUUGGUCACUCCCUAAAGAAGAAAGGCAAUAGAAUGAGCUGUGCAUAUCAACUGAUUCUUUAUUUUAAAAAAAGUAAAAAUUAAAGAGAUGCCAACAGUUUACACUUUAAGAAGAAAUUUGGGAAAUGGGCAAAGAAUUCCUAGACUUGUAUUCCUAUUUAUCUAUAUUAGAAAUAUUGUAUGAGCAAAUUUUCAGCUGUUGUGUAAAUAUUGUAUAUUGCAGAAAUUCAUAUUAUUUUAAGAGAUGUUCUCAGAAUGAUUGUUUACUAUCUUACAUUUAUGGAUGUUCUGGGUGCCUGUCAUUCAUUGAGUGUUGCCUUAUUUGAAUUGUUCAACAUUCCAUGGGUUGUCUUUCAAAGCACAAUACUACAGAGAAGUUAGAAUUACAGCUACUGACAGUACAGUGUUCUCCUGUAUGGUUUUUGUUAAAUCAGCAACAUGGUACCUAAAUGAUACAAAAAAAAAAAAAAGAGAGAGAGAAGCUUCAGAAAGCAAAUCUCACUGUGCCCCUUGGCCUCCAUCCUUAUGGGUGAAGGUUUAGUGUACUUGAGGUCACAGGAAAAGUAAGUGUGCCUGUGCAAGACGACACUGAAGUCUGGGUGUCCUAUGUUCUUGUUUUGUUUUUUAGUCCUCCUGUUGGUGAUAUUCAAAUAGUAAUACUUGAUGUACUAUAAUAACCACAAAGGAAACAUGGGAUAAUUUGUAUAUUGGUAACUGAGAAAGGUAUCAUCAAACUGGAAUUUACAUUCAAAUAUGGAAGGGCUUUGGAAGCAGGUUUUAAAAAGCAUUUGUCAGUGAUUAUUUAUUUUCUGUAUGGUUUAUAUCCAAAUGUUCACAACCACAAUGCAUCUUGACUGAAAUAAUGUGCUAGUAAUUUAUGUCAGUGGUCACCUUGCUCACAGCAAAACCAGAAAUGCUCUCUCCAAGGGAGUAGAUGUAAAGUAUUUGUAUAUAGAAUUCAGAACUGAAACUAUUUAUUAAAAGUUGAUUUUUUUUCUUGAUAGUAUUUUUAUGUGCUAAAUAUUUACACUAAUAUCAAUGACAUACUUUGGUAAACUAGAGAGACAUAACUAUAGAAAUGUGCUUUAUUCAGUGCAUUGAGGAAAAAUUGAAGCAAACCACCCCAGCCAAUUCAAAGAACCAAAAUUGAACAAAUUUGAUGUUAUGUAGAUAUUUUGCAUUUCUAAAGUAGUUGACACAAACUUGAUGACUUGUUCCCUUUUAAGGAAACAUAAAAUAGAAACUUAACUAGCUGCUUAAUGAAAUAGUGAAGUAGAAACAUUUUUUAAAGUAUGUGAAAUAGAGCUGUGCUUCCUGAAUUUUACAUAAAGAAACAUUGUUAGCUUAGUGUUUUGGGGGUGAGUACCUGAACUCUCUAAAAACAUAUUAUAAACUAAAAUGUAGUUGUGUUGACCUCUCAAAGCACAAAAUAUACAAGGAUUUUGGGGUUUUAACUCAUAACCUAAUGACCGAAGCCAUUGACUCUGCCUCCAAAGAAUUGCUGCUACAUUGUGCAAGAAUCUCUAUAAGGUUAGAAAGGUAAAUUCCAGAUAGUACAAUAAUCUCCGAGACUUAAAAUUUCCCUGGAAUGAAAUUCUCUCUAGUUUGCUUGCAUGUGCAUAUGUUUGGUCUACAGGAGAUAAAGAUUGACACACACCGUCUUGGUAAGAUGGACGUGGUCAUCACACUCUGAUCUUUGAGCUUUCUUUUCUACUAAGCUAAAAAGUUCUUUUUAAUAAAGUGUAUACUACUGAUGCUGUUUGUUGUAUUGGGAACACUUAGUAAUAAAAAUGUUAACAACAUACAGAUCUGGAAUUAACUAGAUUUUAUCAUUAGAUUAAUUCCACAGUAAUAGAAGUGUGUCCUUCCUCCUACAAGGUGAACAGAACUCAGAUUCUGUUGCACCCUGUUUCUGUAAAGAAGCUCAUAUUAAGAGACAGUGUGUCCUGUUUUCCUAUCAGGGAUAUAAUAAUACUCUUUUCAAACAAAACAAGAGGUUUUGGGAGGUGGCUUUCUGCUUAAGUCUGUCCUAGAGAAGUACAGAAAGAAGAUGGUAGUCAUAUUGGUACUUAUGAGAAGAAAAUAAGAGCUUCUGUUCUUCAGAAUGUGGAAUCUUAGAGUGAUUUUUAAAUAAAAGCUGUCAGCCAGCUUGGAGCCCUCAUUGUCUAAGGCCUGAUAGGAACUGAUUUCUCAAGAUUCAGGAUUCUGGAAAAGAAGAGAACAUGGUGGUAGAUGGCUUCUUACUGUGUCAGAGAAACACUGCAGUGUGGUGGCCACAGUUUGAACUGCACACCACACAAGUUUGAUUUCCACUUCCCCCUUCCUACCUGAGUGCCUUCAAGUAAUCCAAGUUCAAGUUUCCUUAUAUGUAAGGAAAGAUACACACAGGCUCUCUUACUUUUCCUGUAACCUCAAGUGCACUAAGCCUUCACCCAUAACACCCAUGGGUUGCAGAGCUGUCCCAGGUCAUUUCAUAAUUGCUUCCAGAAAUCAGAUAAAGUAACUAAAGCUGUUACCACAGGGCCUGACACACAAUUACUCAGUAACUAAUACCAAGCCAUUAUAUUCCUCAUCAUCAAUGUAUAACUAAUCCACAGCAUUCCUCCAGGAUGCACAGCUAGUUUCAAUCCUGUCUCUAAGUCUCAUUGAUGAUGAUAAAGACUAUUUUGGAAAUCUAAUGACAGCUCAACUUUAGAAAUUGAUGAUCAACUCAUUAAAAAUGAUGUCUAGUCAUUAAGUUUGAAGAGUGUUGCCAAAUUAUGCUCACUCUCCCUUUGCAGCAAUGAAUAGACUAAGGGACUAGUUAUGUGUCCUUCAAAAAUAGUCAAUGCCAAACUAUUAAUUGUUUAUCAUAUUUGCAAUGAUUCCCCAAACUAGAGCCAUCAAUGUUUCAAACAGCCCACUGCGCACACAUGCCACAGGUAGACUUCCACUGUCAUAAGCAACCUCUUCUAGCUUCAAACUUUUCUGCUACAGCUAAAAGAUUUAGGGCUUUGCUCUGGAUAGGCUUUGGUUUAACAGAUCAUUGCCUUGAAUUGGAUCUUUCAUUUAGACCAUUAAA